GCUCAACUCAAUCAAAGUGCAGCCUCUCACACUCACUCUCCGUACUUCGAAAAUGCACCGGCUCAAGUCCAUUGGCGAACAAGGCACACCAGCAUCAAAAGCCACGCGUCUCUACGGGACACCGUCAAAUACCGAACGUUUACACAAACCCUUCAAGUGUCCCGGUUCGGCGACCUCGACACGCUCUUCCGACAAGCCCGCUAGAAAGAGAAGAAAAAUCAAUUACGCAGGUGCGGACGGCGAGAAUGAUGGCGGUGACAAGGCGUACUCGAACGAGGACAGGCUGGCGCUCGCCACCCGCGACGUGAACCGCUUCCCCGUCUUCAAACCGAAGGAUAAGGAAACCAUUUUCAAAAAGCAGUUCUCGGUGCCUUUGAUCAAUAAGGAAAAUGGGGCGUACAAUCCUUUCAGGCCAGCUCCCUUGCUCGGCAUGCGUCAAGGGAGAGUAUUCGUUGCGCGACCACUGCACGAUCCAAGCGGGGAGUUCGCCAUUGUGCUUUAUGAUCCUACGGUCGAUGACAAGCCCGUUCCAAAGGACAAUGCAGUGGAGAAGUUGAGCCGAGAAGAGGUCAAAACGCUUGAUACACCAGUUGUACACAAAAGUCUAGCGGACAUUUUGGGCUUGAAGAAGAAGGUUGAGGAGCGACCGAGAGUACCUGUGGUGAUAGAUCCGCGGCUGGCGAGGAUUCUACGGCCCCAUCAGGUUGAAGGUGUCAAAUUUCUGUAUCGAUGUACGACAGGCCUGAUUGAUGAGAAGGCGAAUGGUUGCAUUAUGGCCGAUGAGAUGGGUUUGGGCAAAACACUGCAAUGCAUAACGCUCAUGUGGACCUUGUUGAAACAGUCACCCGAAGCUGGGAAGCCAACAAUACAAAAAUGCAUCAUUGCCUGCCCGUCCAGUUUGGUACGCAAUUGGGCGAAUGAACUGGUCAAGUGGCUCGGGCAAGACGCAAUCAAUCCCUUCGUCAUAGACGGCAAAGCAUCAAAAGAAGAGUUGACCCAACAAAUACGACAAUGGUCAAUUGCGACUGGACGCGCCGUUGUGCGUCCUGUCUGCAUUGUUUCAUAUGAGACUCUGCGGCUGAACGUUGGAGAGUUCGGUGACACACCCAUUGGAUUGCUACUUUGCGAUGAAGGUCACCGAUUGAAGAAUGGAGAAAGCCAGACAUUUACCGCAUUGAACGGACUGAAUGUCCAGAGGAGAGUUAUUCUCUCUGGUACUCCUAUUCAGAAUGACCUGUCUGAAUACUUCUCGUUGCUCAAUUUUGCCAAUCCAAACUAUUUGGGCACUAGAAGCGAGUUCCGCAAGCACUACGAAAUUCCAAUCUUACGCGGUCGCGAUGCAGAUGGCACAGAAGCCGAUCAGCAGAAAGGUAACGAGCGUCUUGCUGAGCUAUUAACACUAGUCAACAAGUUCAUCAUCCGAAGAACGAACGAUAUUCUGUCGAAAUACCUACCAGUCAAGUACGAGCACGUGGUGUUCUGUAACCUGUCACCGCUGCAGAAGGCUCUGUACAAUCACUUUCUCCAGUCUCCGGAUAUCAAGAGCCUCUUGCGUGGGAAGAGCUCGCAACCGCUCAAGGCGAUCGAUCUACUCAAGAAACUUUGCAACCAUCCGGAUCUCCUUGAUCUUCCCUCAGACUUGCCCGGGUGUGAGAAUAUCUUACCGGAAGAUUUCGUGCCCAAAGAUGCGAGAGGUCGCGAUCGCGAUGUCAAGGUCUGGUACUCUGGCAAGAUGCUGGUUCUGGAUCGCAUGCUGGCCAGGAUACGCGCGGAUACUAAUGACAAGAUUGUUCUUAUUUCCAACUAUACGACAACCUUGGAUGUCUUCGCCAAUCUAUGCCGGUCUCGCGGUUAUGGUCAUCUUCGGCUCGAUGGUACGAUGCCCGUUGCCAAACGUCAGAAACUCGUGGACAAGUUCAACGAUCCUGAUGGCCCGGAAUUUGUCUUCCUGUUAUCGUCGAAAGCUGGUGGCUGUGGACUCAAUCUCAUCGGCGCUAAUCGUCUUGUUCUCUUUGACCCGGAUUGGAAUCCAGCCGCGGACCAGCAGGCGCUUGCUCGAGUGUGGCGUGACGGUCAAAAGAAGGACUGUUUUGUGUACCGUUUCAUUUCCACAGGAAGCAUUGAGGAGAAGAUCUUUCAGCGUCAAUCACACAAGCAGUCGCUCUCGUCAUGUGUGGUCGACUCUGCAGAAGACGUGGAGCGUCACUUCAGUCUUGACUCUCUACGCGAACUCUUCCAAUACAGGGACAAUACGACAAGCGAUACACAUGAUACGUUCAAAUGCAAAAGAUGCAGAAAGGAGGACGGAAAGCAGGUUAUCAAGGCGCCAGCCAUGCUUUACGGAGACACCAGCACCUGGAACCACUUCGUCAAUGAUGGAGAGAAUGGACCGCUGGGCCGAAUCCAGGAUUUAUUGCUUCGACAAGAGACGGCAGCCGAUUGCAAAGAGGUCAGCGCUGUGUUCCAGUACAUCAGUCAUUAGUUACGUAUACCGUAUAUGAGAGAUGAACGCAGUGUCGGAGUUGUCGUACUGUUGAGCGGCAAUUGC